AACCUUUGACCACUGAUGACGCUGCUGGCUAUAAGGAAAAAAGCCAUUGUCAGAUCUCAACUCUCUAGGCUUACAAUUUUAUAUUCCUGGGAUCUUCACUACAAGGCAGGGUGCCAGCUGUCUCAACAGGGGCCAGGACAGUUCCAUAGCUGUGACUUCUGCUUGACCCAGUGGAGCCUGUCAGGAGCAUCCAGCACAUUUGCGUUCUUCUUCUCUGAGAAAUUCCUGAGGCAGCACUUCCAGGAGGUGGAGUUAGACCAAGGCGAUCCUCAGCCUGGAGACCUCUACGUGUUCCAGUUGCGGUCUUCUAGGGCGCAGUGGUUCGGGGCCCAUGUGGGUGUUUACUGCGGCCAUGGAGAGAUCAUACACUUUGAGGGCAGGACCUCCAGAGGUGGCAGACUACAAAUGCUCGUGCAAUAUUGCGACGGUAUGGUGCACAAAGAGGGCCUCUAUGCGAUGAGGCGCUCCCGAAGGCUCCUGCGUGUACUUCGCAAACUCGAUGGCAUUGACCCUAAGGUGCUGGAGCAACAUGUGCAAAGAGCUAUGAGCAGCGAUCCUCCUCGCUACCAUCCUAUUAGAAGCAACUGCGUGCACUUCGCGCUGGGCCUGUUGGGCAUGGACUCAACCUUGGUAGGAUCAUCCUGCACCUUUAAGUUCUUCCCUGAGGAGUCCAUGAGACCACACUUCCAGGAGGUGAAGUUAGACCAAGGCGAUCCUCAGCCUGGAGACCUCUACAUGUUCCAGUUGCAGUCUUCUAGGGCGGAGAGGUGCGGAGCCCAUGUGGGUGUUUAUUGCGGCCAUGGAGAGAUCAUACACUUUGAGGGCAGUACCUCCAGAAGUGGUGUUGUAAGCAAACAGUCCCUCAGUGACAUGAAGCGCUACGGAGGACAGCUCUUGCAUGUGUUUCGCAAAUGUAGUGGUGUUGACCCUGGAGUUCUGGGGCACAGUGUGCAAAGAGCUAUGAGCAGCGAUCCUCCUCGCUACCAUCCCAGAAGCAGCAACUGCGUGCACUUUGCGCUGGACCUGUUAAGCAUGGACUAAAUGUCAAUGGACUUGGACUUUACCAGGGAUUGAUGUGACCAUGAGCCCUCCCUAGUGGGCCAGAAGAGGCUUCAGUAGGGAUCAUUAAAGUGUUUUGGAAAACUAAA